CAGGCUGGGCUGCACUCUGGUCCACACCACCUUCGGUGACUGUGGAAUAGCUGCCCAUGCCAACUGUCACCGUGGUACUGGGACGUCACCCUCUGGAAUGCUGUAACUGCAUUUCAAGUUGCUAUGGGAAACCACCUGUGCAGGAUUCUGAAAAAAAAGAAGGAAGAUGCAGAUGUUCUGCCCACUGCAGAUAAUGAUGGAGGGACUGCAAAUGGGGAAAAUGAUGAGAAGUCAUCUAAGGAGGAAGUGCUGUAUGCCACGAUUGACCAUGGAGAGGGCGGAGCCCCAGGGAACAUUAGAGAGAAUGCGGAUGACAGCUGUGACUAUGCCAUCAUCACCAUGCCUUCUGGGCUGGCACACAAGCCCUCCAUCCAAGAGGACUGUGCAGAUGAUUAUGUUCUUAUGAGUUCUUAUGAGUAAUCUCUUCACUCUGCCACAUAGUGUCAUCUAAUGGAC